GGGGGCGGGGGACAUGGUGGCCAGGGGUGAUGACGCACUCUACUGGCGGCAGAAGGGUGACCUGAGGUUAAGGCCUGCAAAUCUGGGUUCCCUUCCUGAAGCAGCCUUGCGACGCAGGGGCCCCCACUGUCUCACGUUGCCCAGAGCAGCCAGGCUUGAAUUCCUGAUCCUCUUGCCUCCACCUCCCCGAGGGUUGGGAUUUCAGGUAGCUGGCUUCUCUGGAGCACCCACCCUGCCGCAGCCAUGGUCCACGCCUUCCUCAUCCACACCUUGAGGGCUCCGAAUCUGGAAGAUACAGGCCUUUGCAGAGUGCUUUACUCCUGUGUCUUUGGUGCUGAGAAGUCAUCCGACGAUUCACGGCCGCAUGGUGCAGAAAGGGACAGGCUCUUGCGCAAGGAACAGAUUUUGGCCGUGGCCAGACAGGUGGAGUCACUGUGUAGGCUGCAGCAGCAAGCUUCUGGGUGUCCCUCCACAGACCUGCAGCCUCCGUUCUCAGAUGAGCCCGUGUCCCUGCAUGAAGCCCCUCAUGGAGCCUUCCACCUGGUAGCUGGGGACCCUUUCCAGGAGCCACAGACAGUGGUGUGGCUGGGUGUGUUCUCCAUAGGCUUUGCCCUGGUGCUGGAUACCCACGAGAACCUGCUGCUGGCUGAGAGCACGCUCCGGCUCUUGGCCCGCCUCCUCCUUGAUCACCUCCGGCUGCUGACACCAGGUACCAACUUCUUGUUGCGGGCUGACCGCAUUGAGGGGAUCCUCGCCCGCUUCCUGCCGCAUGGGCAGCUGCUUUUCCUCAAUGACCAGUUCGUCCAGGAUCUGGAGAAGGAAUUUAGUGCUGCUUGGCCCCGCUGACCCCUCACCAAAAUGAGGCCUCCUGAAAGGACAAAGAGGAAAGGUAGAGAUUGCAUACUGCUAGGGGAGGUUUGGCCCCAGCCUCCUGCCCAGCCUACUCCCUACUCUGAUGGGUGGCCACACUCAGGACAAAUGGAUCAGGCAAGCUGGCAGAAAGGGCCUGAGUAGAAGGCCAGGGAGGCUGUCUGUGCCUGUUUUCUCAGGUCAUUGGAAUUGCAGAACAUCCUGAAUCUGGAACUGCGUGUGACCUCUUAGA